AGAUUUCAAAAGGCAUGGAACAGAAUUUUAUUUAACUAAGUGCCAGAUGAGUUUUAAAAUGAAAACAGAUGUUUGAUAAACGAGUUUCUUUCAAAAAUGCACAUUUGAGACUUGAAGCUUAUAGAAGUGCAAAAGAGGUACUGUUUUUUUGGAAAUGUUUUAGUUUAAAUAUCUUUCGUGCAACGCCGUUAUAUCGUUUCAGUGUACUGGCUACUGUGUUUGCUUAGACAGUAAAUGGUUUAUUUUAUGUACAAUAAUGCAAAUUUAAAAAGCAAAACGAUGCUAAUGUAUGUGAUGAAUAGGUGUUGAUGUUUUAUUUAGCUAUUCAAAAGGUAAAGUGAAAAACGUAAAGUCGUCUUUUUUUAAUCACAAAAAAAAAGUGGCGUUUCUGUUACACAAUAUUGAUUUCACUUGAAGUACUGGGGAAUACUAUGCCAUUAUGCAGAGAUGACAUGGAUUUCUGUGGCAUGACUAAACGUGUGCUGGUACUGUUUAUUUUAAAAUUAAAAGUCACAACAAGCUGGUUUAUUUGAUGCAAUGUUGUUUGCUUUUAAAAAAAAAAAAACUCGAUAUGCGUUUGUAUAAAGGUGACGUGUAUAUAUAAAUGAAAAUACAAUAUUGCUAUUCUUUAUCCUUUUAUUUUGAACAUGCAGUUCUACAAUUAAUUCUGCUAACGCAAUCAGGCCCACACAUUAAUGUACCAAAAAAAACUUUGCUAAAACAAAACUACGUCACAUUCCCUCGGCCUACUGGCCAGGGGCGGUACUAGGGGGUACUCUGCGGGGGUUCUGAUUGGGCUAGCGCUUGCGUUCGUCCGGCCAAUCGGGAAGCAGCAAUGGUGUAAACAAACCACGGGACGGAAAGAUCCCUCUCCGAUAGGCUGAGGGGUUUCGGCGCGGCGGCCGGGAGCCAAUCAGCCGGACGGGUGUUCUGGUAAGCUAGCAAGAGCGACGCUGAGGGAAGUGCAGGGGAGAAUGAAAAACAAAACAAGCGGAGAGGGAAGUUUUUACUGCAAGCUGUCGUUUUAUCACCUGUGCGUAUAAAGCAGUUAGAGGACCGGGCACACGCUGUUUGGUUUAAGCAGAAGGUAGGCGGUUUAUUUUGACCGGGGGGGUGGUGUGCGCGGGGGGGGGGGGGGGGGGGUUCUUUUUUGUUUUUCUGUUUCAAUUUAAUUCAACGUCAGGGAGAAAAAAAAAUAAAAAAUGAGCGACUGUUCGGAGAACGGGGACUCCUCUUCAUCCAAACCCAGACGGCAACGCGCGUCCCCGAGUCCGGAGCGCGCAGCACCGGCCGCCAAAAAGGCGAAAGUGGAUAAGACAGAGAGCGAGGCGCUCCUUUCCCCUCCUCAGAAUGGAGACUCAAAAAAGCCGACACAAGAUACAGCGAAGACGCAAAACGACGAGGAGGAGGAGGAGGCUGCUGUUGAAUUGCCCUCAUUUGCUUCUGAAGCUGAUAAGGAAGAGGCGCGGGAGUGCGACAGCGCGCCCCCGGUAGGCGAGGACGCGGACAGCAGCUCGAGCGCUGCCCCUGUCGGGGACGCGCCGCCUGCUUCGGGAGGGAGCGCGCUUCUUAAAGACACAGAGCAGCAGCACGACUCGGAUUGGGCUGCAAUGGUUGCGGCAGAAGCGUUGGCUAGCUUGACACGGGGAGGAGGAGGAGGAGGAGGAGGUGACACGGAGAAAGAAGUGUCACGGAAGGCCGAAACCAAACGAAAGUCUGUGAAAAGCAGUACAACAAAUGCAAAACCAGAGGACUGCCCGACAGAAGGCGCCUCCUCGCAACACACAGACUCGGAUAGCGGUGAAGGUAGCCCAAUAGUUCGGGCCUCGGGCCCUGAUAAGGCCGGGUCCGCCUCAGAAGCAGGCAAGCCCAGUGAAACAGACAGGGUUGUGGACAGCGAGGGGGCUGAGGCCAUAUACACCAGCGUGGAGGACGAAGAAGCAGAGGUAGAAACGGGCUCUUCGUCCCCCGCUGGCUCCUCUUCGUCCUCCUCCUCCUCCUCCUCCUCCUCCGCGGAGGAUGCGGAGUGCGCUAUCGUUUCCGUGGAGACCCGGGUUGCCCCGGAGACCAGGCGUUCCCUGGAAACGCUGGCACAGAUCCAGGGCGAGCUGGAGGAGAUUGAAAAGCGCGCCGCGCGCCUCUACCGCCGCAUGGAGCUGAAGUUUAACCAGAUGAGGAGACCGCAUGUGGAGAAGAGGAACGCCGUCAUUCAGGGCAUCCCCGGGUUCUGGGUCACCGCUUUCCUGAAUCACCCUCAGAUCUCAGCCCACAUCGACGAGCACGAUGAAGACGCUCUGAGCUUCAUGACAAACCUGGAGGUAGAACAUUUUAAGGGCGCACGGCUGGGCUACCGGAUCUGCUUUCGCUUCAGCAGGAACCCCUACUUUCAUAAUGAAGUCCUCGUCAAGGAGUUUCAUCUCAGGGCCAAUGGAGCCUCCAUCUCGUUCUCGAACCCCAUCUGCUGGCUGCGAGGCAGGAACCUGGCUGCUCACAGUGGGAUGGUGAAGGGGCCGGGGAGCCUGCGAGUGUACCAGAGCUUCUUCAGCUGGUUCACCGACCACAGCAGCCCUACCACCGACGAGAUAGCGGAGCUUCUGAAGGAUGACCUGUGGAAGAAUCCGCUUCAGUACUACCUGCUUCCACUGAGCCAGGGUGCAGAGAACGGACGGCAAGUGGGCAACGGAAACGGGGACGAGUGCGUGGUGAUCUCGGACUCGGAUGAAGAGGUGCCUGCUGAAGACGAAUCGAAAGAGGACGGCAGCGAGGAAGGGGAGAGUUCUGAGGAGGAGACACAGGCAGACAGAGAGGUUGUCAUUGAUGGAUCGGAGGAGAGCAGGAGCGGAGAGGAGAAGGAGGAAGGUGAUGAGGAGGAGGAUGAGGAUGAUGAGGAUGAUGAUGAUGCUGCUGCUGAUGAUGAUGAGGAGGAGGAGGAGGAGGAGGAGGAGGGGGUCUCGGACGAGCAGGACGAGGAGGAAGUGGACGUAGAGGAGCUGGACGAGAGCCUGGGGAGCAAGGGUCAAGAGGCAGAGGUGAAAGGUCAAUACGAGGAAGACCAAGAGGACAUAGAGGUGGACGGAGAUGAAGACGGUUAAAGAAACGAAUAAAGCUGCAAAGCCUUUUUUUUUUUUUUUUAACCAGUCUAUAAAUAUAUAUUUUUUAAGCUUAAAAAAAAAAAAAAAAAAAAAACACUUUCUAAAUCAAGGUUACAAGUUAAAGAAAAAUUCAUCGUACCUCCCGAAGACUUCAAAACCCAGCUUCAUAAGUGCUAAUUUCUCUAAGCAUGUCAUCUCAUGUGAAGAUGUAUUGCAGUUUAUACAAGUGUUCAGGUCUGACUAUUAGGCUGCACUGCUUUCCUCACAGUCUCUAACACUGAGAGUAGCCCACACUGCCCUUCCUCAUCCCUUGACUCAAAGCACUGUUGCUGGCUGUCUGUACCACUUUGUGUAUCCAUUAAGUUGCAUCAUGGUUAAAAAAUGGCUUUGAAAGAGAACAGUUAAGAGAUCGCUUAUUAAUGUUACACUGGUUAAUGCUCUUAGCAGUCAUAAUCUGGUGUAAUCAAAGUUUUGCCUACUAAAUUAUUUGGCUGGUAGUUUCCUAUUAAACCGCACUAAGAUGAAAGCCGGUUAGAAUUAAAAAGAGGAAAAAAAAAAAAGAUUUGUGGUUAUUCCUUCAUGCGUCAUUGAAACGUUUGUUUGAGCUGUACAUUUUCAAAUGAGUAACAACAAACAAGCUUUGUUGAAGAGUAAAUUAUUUCAAAUAGAAAUACUGAUGUUUGCUGUCAUUUCAUUUCCUUUCCCUUGUAGCUUUCCUGUAAUUAGCUCUGUGCUAAAAUCUUAAGUCCUCCAUAAUUUUUAAGCACUCGCUAGCGCUGACAUUAGAAAUAGUAAAAGAAACGUGUAUUGACAAAGUAUUUCAGUGUCUUCUGAAGACAUUGAAAAAUACUUUUGUCGAAAUGUUUGUCAUUGAAUUUAACCCAUUAAGUAUGAAAUAAAGUGAUUUGAAAAAAAUCAGAACACAAGCUAUAUUUUAUAUAAUUUGAUUAAUGACAAAUCGACAUGCAUCCAGUCUGAAAGUUUUCAGUCUUUUAGAAGUGUAAAAUGACAGGCAUAUUUACAACAUACAUUCCCAGCGUACUAUUUUGAGGAUAGUCAAGUAACCAAACCAGUGAAAUUUCACACCGGCUAUGAAUCUCAACACAUAGAAACUGGGGAGGAAAACGUCAAGACGUAGCAUUUUUCAGCUCGAGUUUCUUAUGUUAUAUUCAGGUGUCAUAAAACCAUCUGAAGGGUUAUAUUUACAUUUUAGACUUGCGAGUAACAAAAUUAGAGGAAGAUAUUGUAACAAUAUAGCUCAACAGAAAACGAAAUAACAGGCAGAUCCCAGUUUUAAAAAAAGCUCCAUAAAUGACAAAGUAGCCUGUCCUCAAAUGGGUUAAGUUUCUUUAGUAUUUAUGCCAAAAGAGUUGAAAAAUUAUAGUGCUUUAGAAAAUGAGAACGUCAAAGCCAAUUUCAGGGCACUUGGCAUUUUAAUAAAACUGAAAUCCGUCUUGAUUAAUUGAAAACAUCACAGAGAUGUAAUAAGUAAAUAAAUAAAUAAAAUCUUUGGUUUGUGUUUUCGUAGUGCAGGAAUGCUUGUGGUUCUGCCACAUUGGGAACAAUGGAUUUGUCUGUAAUAAACCCUUAGCAGUGUUUUGAAGACCGACCACCCCCUUUCCAUCUCCCCAUACUUAACCAAGUAUCAUUUUGCGAAGGGCAUGUAAAUAUUUGGAGAAAGCUUUGUUAACGUAUGUUGUGUUUUUUUUUUUGUAAACCUUUGAAGAAGAGUUAAAAAUAUAUAUAUAUAUUUUGGCUGCUGCUUUUUGUUAUCUUUUAAUAGAUUUUACAAUUAAAUGUAGUCCUGAAAUUAGAAAAUGUUUUUACUUUUCAUUUGUUUUGGUUUGGUUUUUCUAAAUAAAAUAAAGUAAUGGGUUCUGAA